AUGGACUCAGUUUAUCAAAGUACUUUGAGUUAUGAUCAUUCGAAUAAGGUUAAAAAAGUACCAACAAGGAUUAAUAGUCCGGCCAUUUCAGAUUCUUCUGAAUACGUUGAUGCCGACGAUUACCAAUUGCACGAACCUGAUUCUAAAGAUGAGGACAAACAUUCAGCAUAUGGAGAAUAUGUUAAAUUAGGGGGUUGGACAAAUAUUACAAUUCAAUUAACACAACCACAUAAACGAGAAUUUCCAACUUAUUGGCGAUCACACCCUGUAGAAAUACAGAUAGGAGGGAAUGAGAUUAAGUAUAGGUAUGGUAUCUUUUCUAAUCGGAAUGUGGACUUUGAAGGGGAAGAUGAGAUGCAAAAUCGCACUUUAGACACAAGAACAAAUGAUCAAUACGACAUAUGGCGAAACAAUCGUAACCAUAAUAUCUUCGACCUUAGAGAAUUUGCGUUCAUUAAAUGCAUUUACGAUGCAGUAAAUAUUGAAAAUCUUAAAGUCAAGUUUAUGCAAUUCCAAAUAUUGUUGAAAAAUUAUAGACAAAUCGCAUUGAAAUUCCUUACUAUCGAUUUUAUAGCACAUCACUGUCACGAUAAAAAAAUUGAAAACCGACUUUUUUUGUGCGUUCUCUUAGGAUAUUAUAUUAAACACUGUAAGGAUCUGCGCUCUCUCAUUUUUCAAUUGCCAACAAAUUUUCGGUCUGAUCUGUUACUCGAAGCGCUCGAAUAUGUACAACAAGACACAUUCACAUCUGAUAUUCAACAAAUAAUGGUUCCGGUUGUAUCAGCCUUAGUUCGUCAUAAUGCCAUCGUAAUAAUAUCAUUUGAAUGGCUUAGAAUCUUUCGGGUGGCACAGAUCCUUGAUCCAAGAUACACUUUUGUCGAUGGAUUUAUUGGUGCUCAUUAUAAUAAAGACCGCAUAUCUCGCUUGUUAAAAGAAUGGCCUAAUUUAGUCGUGCCUUACUUGGAUAAAGUAGAUGAACAUAUUUACAUCAAAAUCGCUAAGUGGUUGAUUUCUUUUUGCAUAGAUAUGGAAACACUUAAUAUCAUAUGGCGGGAUAACAUUUACCACACAAGAAGUAUCGAUAAUGAAAUUUUAAUUGAUUUCAGUGGAAGUGUUCAUAAAAUUAUUGCGCAUGACGAUGCCA